UUGUGCGGGUUGUAUAGAAUCUGAUUCAUCCGAGACACCGAGCCAGUUGCGCCUCGUCUGUGGAGGCACACUGAGGUGAUCUGACGAUCCGCCAAACAACCAAUCCGCCGAUCGCAAUCAUGCUCAUCCUUUUGCUUCUGGCCCAAGUACUCGCCGUGUUCGCGGAUGAUGGUGGAUGUGAAUCAAGAUCCCUGCUAAAGGACCUCGUGCGAAUGGUUCCCCGACAUCAAAAUGCCACCUUGUCCGCGUGCGAGGAGCAGCUGGUGGAACUGGGAAGUGCCUGGGAGAGCCGACAGUCCUGGGCGCUGAAGGCUCUGGAUGCCUCCGGCGAGGGCUUCUCCAACUUCAUGAUGGGCCAGAAUUCGUGGCUGGGCAGCCGGUUCACCUGCGGCGCAGUUCACCAGCCGGUGCUCCAGGACAUGACCGCCGGGAGUCGCCAUCUGCUGCGCGACGUGUCGCCCUUCGCCUUCGACUACGUGGUGGCCUACAUCGAGUCCAACUCGCCGUGGCAGCUGCAGGUGUCCUUCAGGCGGAGGCCCCUGCUGCACGUCGGGCUCUGUCUGCCGCGGAGCUGCGACGUCCCGGAGGUGGAGCGCCUCGUCCGCAGGUCCCUGGCCGCCGGGAGCACCUUCCGCAGCUGGGAGAUGGACGCCCAGCUGGCCUACGCCAAGAAGCCGCAGCUGGAGCCGCACUUCUUCCAGAGCGGAGCUGUGCGGCUGUUCGCCCUGGUGGCGGGCGGAACCCUGCUGCUGACCGCCGCGGCCUCGAUCGGCCUGGGCCGGCACUCCCGCAUCCUGGCCUGCUUCGACGUGACCAGCAACUGGCAGCUGGCCUGGCAGCCGGCCAGUCCCGGCCAGGAGAACCGGGUCAUCAACGGGCUGCGGGUGAUCACCGCCUUCGCCCUGAUCGGCUUUCACGUGGUCUGGUACAAGUACGCCUCCGUGGACCCCUCGGGCGAGAUGCUCAGCAAGGCGGGCUCCAUGUUCAUUCGACACUCCUACUGGCCCAGCAUGGUGGAGAUCUUCUUCGUGGUCAGCGGGUACCUGACAGUCCAGAACUUCUUGAAGGACGAGCAGCGGCAGCAGGAGAUUGCCGGAGACGGAGUCCACGGCAACGGGCGCCGCCUCCUGGGACAGUUCGUCCACCGCUACUGCCGCCUGGCGCCGCUGCAGUUCGUGGUCAUCCUGGGCGGCGUGGUGCUGGUGGAGUACCAGCGGCAGGUGUCCGUGCGGCAGAUCGCCGAUCCCCAGGACGAGCUGUGCCGGCGCCACGGGCUGUGGAACGUGCUCUUCAUGCAGAACCUGUUCCCCCUCCCGGAGAUGUGCGGCUCGUGGACCUGGUCGCUGGCCUGCGACAUGCAGCUGCACAUGCUCGCCACGCUCCUGCUCUUCGCGCAGACCAAGCACCCGCGCGCCGUCCGCUGGACCACCUACCUGCUGCUGGUGGGGGGCACGCUCGGCGCGGUGCUCGUCAUGCAGCUCCGGGGCACGGACUACCGCUUCGACGAGCUGUACGCCACCAACCAGUGGACCUACACGAGUCCCCUCGUCCGCAUGAAGGCCUACCUGGUGGGCGGCGCCUUCGCCCACAGCCAGGUGAGGGGCCUGGCCUCGCCCGUCGAGCAGCUCCUGCCGAGCCCCUGGGACAAGCUGGCCUCCGCCCUGGCCAUCGGCUGGGUGCUGCGCCAGAUGACCGGCGACCGGCUGCCUCCCAUCGGCCCCAUGUACGUCGUGAUGCGGCUGCUGGUCACCACCUUGGCCGGCCACCUCAUCGUCUGCGGCUCCAGGUCGGAUCACGGCGACUGCUGCGCCCCCACCCGCUGGCUCCUGGACGUGCUGCAGUCGGAGGCGCUGCAGCGCAUCAGCCGGUUCACCUACGCCAUCUACCUGCUGAACCCCAUUGUCAUCAUCCACUUUUACCACACCUUCAGCAGCGAGGUCCUGCCGGACAACACCAUCACGCUCCUGUUUACCAUAUCCUACUCGGCGAUCUGCUACGUGAUGGCCAUUGUGAUGACGCUCCUCUUCGAGAUCCCCUUCAACAAGCUAACCAAACUGCUGAUCACCCCGAGGACCGCCAAGAAGAGUUCGUAGCCGCCACUGGCUUGCUUCCACUUGCUUCCCGAUGCACCAUUAGGCACCUCGACUCCACUUCAACUUGUAAUCUUUGGAACCAAGUCGAGUGACCUCCAUUCUGGAUACCGAACUUCGUUUGCCACAAACGAGAGCGACGAUAACUGAUCAAUUCGUCGGCAAUUGGUGUACUUUAAAGGAAUAUUUCGUUUAUUUAUCGAAUACAUUGAAAUGCAUACACGAGUUGGUUUCCUCAAAUUUUUGUGGUUUUUGUAUUUUUUUAUCUUUAUAUUACUUUGUAUUUGUUUAAAUAAAUAAGAUACAUACGUUUAAUCAUAA